CCAUACGCCGUGCAUUAGCGGCCCCACAUCAGUUCCCAGUCAGCGCGCACGGAGGAAGCACCGCUCGUGACUCUCAAGGUAGCGUCAAUGCCUGGGCGAAAGAAUGUGAGGAGCAAGCUGCUGCCCAUGCACCAGGCUCCCUCCCUCCACGCAGCUGAUGAAUCCAAAUGAACAGCCGAUACGGCUUGGCACCAGCGGCGACUCAGGAGUUGCCAGAACGAGGUUGUAAGCGACAACUCCUCAGGGUUGACUCCCGAAGCCUUUUUCUCUUACAGAUGCCACAAGGCAGUGAAUUGUUUUGUAUAAACGGACUGAACUACAAGGCAGCAGUCGGGUACCACCACCGCACCCAGGCAAGACCAACUUUAUCAAAUCCGGGCACGUACUCACGCGCGCGCGGGCGAUGUGCGUGUGCAUGGAUGCAUUCACACGUCACAUGCACGCGGUUGAUUAGGAAGGGCAUCCAAUCAGAAAUAAUGAGCAGCCCGACGGCAAUUUCCCCGAACGUUCCUGCAAAACAAGACAGAGAUCGACACGACACAUCUCGAUGACAUCUUACCGUAGAAAACCGUAAGAGGCGAUGCACUUAACAAGGUGGCUGGGUUAUGGUCCCGUGGUUUAAAAAGGCUCACUGUCGCGGAAAUAUGUUGUUUAUAGAAUAUAUAAAUGCAUCUACGUGGAAACACACCACCACACACGAACUUUGGUACGGUAACACAUGGGUAAUCAAUGUCCCUCUGUCUUCCUUCGGGCCGCCUCCUCUCUAGCCGCAAGUGUGGAAGGCCGCCACCAGCUAGAUUGGCAACAACAGAUAAAGCAACAGCAACACAAACAACAGAACCAAGUACAGUCUCAGAAGAUUCGAGCAGCCAAAGCGACUUCGUGGCUAACGUCAACGCCUUAGAAACGUCUGUGACGUCUUACAAACAGGACUUGGACAGGACUUUGGAGGACACGAACCUGAACGAGACCCAGCGGGAGGAGGCGGUCGAGGAGUUUGGGAACAAAGUCAUCCAAGAGGCAGGAGAGGCACUGGCCCCGAAGGACAUGCCCCAAGCGCUGGGAGGAGAGGACAGCGCCGUUGCCUUCACAAAUCUUCAGGAUAUGGUUAACAAUGCCUCCAUCACCAUCGCGACCUUGUUCACAAAUUACACAAAGAAUUUCACAAAUGGAAACCUACACAUGCAGGUGUCCAGUAAACCCUUGAGUUACUACAGCAAGCCUGAAGCUCGCCGUUUCGACACUCCGUAUUCCGGAACAUCUGUUGAACUUCCUGAGGAGCUCUAUAAAGAUGGCGUGGGCGAAGACGGCUCAGUGAGAGUCGUCAUUGUGUCGUACGAGACCCUCCCUAACAUUAACAACACUAUUCCUCCAGAGCCCGGUGCAGAUUCUAAGGAGGACUUUGCCGUCAAAGAUCAGCUCGGCAGCAAUAUUAUCAGUAUCACCGUGGUUGGAACUGAAGACUGGCGUUCAGUCAAAGGACAACACGUGAGACUGAACUUCAGCCACGUCUACGGAGGCGACCAUUUCACCACAUCGAACCCUCGUUGCGUGUGGUGGGACAAGCGCGGUCUCGCCUGGAACACAACCGGCUGUUUCUCGGGUAUCAACAGCGACAACUUCACCGAAUGCUCCUGUAAUCACAUGACGUCAUUCUCUCUCCUGAUGGAUGUCUGGGGACGUCGGGAGAACCUCAGAAGUAUGGAGGGUCAGGGCUACGAGGCCGCCAGAUGGCUCGGCACCGCGGGUUGCGUCGCCUCCUGGCUCUGCCUCGCCCUCUGCCUCGCCGUCAUCGUCGCCCUAAAGCCCCUUCGCACCACACUCUGCUGGAGGAUCCGCGGCCAGCUGUGCCUGAGUCUCCUGCUGGCGUACUCGCUCGUGCUGGUUUCCACGAGCGUAGGAGGGAAGGGCGCGUGGUGGUGCAAGGCGAUCGGGGCGCUGCUGCACUAUUCCUUGCUCUGCGUGUUCUCGUGGGGCGCCAUCGAGGGGUUCAAUAUGUACCUCAUGUUCGUCAAGGUGUGGCGGACGCAGCGGAGGCUCCUGAGGUACUACCUGGGCGCAGGGUUCGGCUUCCCCGUCGUGGUGGUUGGCUUGACCCUGGCCGUCACGCGGGGCCAAGGGUACCGCACUGAGGGCAUAUGUUGGUUGGCUUCGGGGGCAGUCCUUUGGUCCUUGGUCGGUCCGAUGGUAGUGAUACUGGCGAUGAACUUCCUGAUCUUCGUGCUGGUGAUUCGUAUUUUGAUCAGAAAUAUUAAGGAAAGAAAGAGAGCCCUUCGCAAAAGGGACUCGGAUCUGAAAGACAGAUUGUGGGGGUCCACUGUCAUCUUCUUCAACCUUGGAUUUUCGUGGGCCACGGGCGUCCUCCACCUUGUUUUUGAUGCUACCUUCUCUGCCAUUCUCUUCUCCAUUACGGCCUCUUCCCAAGGCGUCUGGAUCUUCGUCUUUGGCAUACUCUUGAACAAGAAGAUCCGGGGAGACAUGAAGCGUCUUCUGAUUUCUGCUAAGGAUGUCUAUGGAGUAUCCUUGAAUGUAAUACAAAAUAGUAAACAAGAAACCGAGAAUUAUAAAGUCACAAUAUUUGCUACGAGUACUGAAGAGUGAGAGCAAAAUAUGUUGUCGGGCCUUGCAUUGCGUGCUUGUCUGCCAUUUCUCUCUCUCUCUCCCUCUCU